ACAAAAACUGAAAGUGAAAUGAGGAAGGCAGAUUGAGCAAUCCAUGGAAGGCCAGAGCCAGAGAACCUACUUCAAGAUAGCAAAAGAUGUAGAAGAGUCAGGAGAGGGCUCUUAGGGGAGCCUCCAAAGACACAGAUGACAGGAAAUGACCCACCCCUGUGGGUCACUUACUCCAAAGACCCAGACCUUGAAGGAAUGGAUGAGUCUGCAGAGACUCAGCCACCGUGCCUUUCUUUUUGCCCGGAGAAAGGAGCCGAAAUGAAAGUGGGGCGUGUUUCCAUUACUCCGCAGAAGGAGUGUGCCUGUGUUGGGGUCUGCAGGGAUGGAAGGCUGCUGGCUGCCACUCUCCUGCUGGCCCUGCUGUCCAGCGGCCUCACGGUGACGUCCUUGUACCGGUUUGCUGUUCUGCAAGCCGACCUGAUGAGCCUGCGCAUGGAGCUGCAGGGCUACCGGGUUGCAGCAGCUCCCGCCGUCCCAGGGGCUCCAGGGGCCACCACAGAAGCCAAACUCCUGGCACCGGCAGCACCGCGAGCCCACAACUCCAGCGUCAGCCACAGAAACAAACGCGCUUUCCAGGGUCCGGAGGAAGCAGUCACUCAAGACUGUCUGCAACUGAUUGCAGACAGUGACACGCCGACUAUACGAAAAGGAUCUUACACGUUUGUUCCAUGGCUUCUCAGCUUUAAAAGAGGAAGUGCCUUGGAGGAAAAAGAGAACAAAAUAGUGGUGAAGCAAACAGGUUACUUCUUCAUCUACAGCCAGGUUCUAUACACAGAUACCAUCUUUGCCAUGGGACAUCUCAUCCAGAGGAAGAAAGUACAUGUCUUUGGGGAUGAGCUCAGCCUGGUGACCCUGUUCCGAUGUAUUCAGAAUAUGCCAAGGACACUGCCCAACAAUUCCUGCUACUCAGCUGGGAUCGCGAAACUGGAAGAAGGAGACGAGAUUCAGCUUGCAAUACCUCGAGAGAAUGCACAGAUUUCACUGGAUGGAGACGGCACCUUCUUUGGUGCCCUAAAACUGCUGUGACCCACUUACAGGACUGUGUGGCCCCUUCCCUCCUUUCUUCUGUACCUCCAAAGGAAAAAUGAGCAACUGGGAAUAUCCAAAGAGGGGAAGUCACCAACCUAACUUUCCUUGUGAGCUGUUUAUUUUGGUUCACUGAAUCUGGCCCAAAACAGGAAAUUUAACAGACAACCACAACCAAAAUGUGUCAUGUGAACUACGAGAAAUGGAGACUGUUUUCAUGUAUUCAUAAAGACAGGACCUUAAAGUCUGUGGUCUGCAAUCUAUGCUGACUCGUACCAUGCCCUUACUUCUCAUCUUGGGAAACACGCCAUUCAACAAAGCAGGAAGGCUGCCUCAGAAGUGGGUCUUCAGAAUUCACCAUGAGAAGAGGGUCUCUAAAGUCUCAGGAUGUAUCUUCUCUUUUCACAUUAGAGUUUUCUCUAGUCCAGUUCAUACUGGAGAAUGUUUUGUUUGUUUUUGUUUUUCAAACCUAGGCGUCUUGAACUAGUUAUAGACAAAAAUACUUAGAGGUUCAACUUUUGCCAUUUCCAAAUAAACUUAAUUUAAAAUGCUUAAGCAUCAAAUAAUUGGACAGAAAAUAACUGACUAUUGAU